AUGGAUCCAAGCAGCAACCCAGGCUCUGCCCUAUGGCAGCAGGCGCAAAAUGCUGAAGGGCGCGUUUAUUAUUACAAUCUCCAGACCAAAGCCACACAAUGGACCAAGCCUCAAGAGUUGAUGACUCCGGUUGAGCUUGCUCUUUCAAAGCAACCAUGGAAGGAACACACGACAGAUGCUGGGCGCAAGUACUGGUACCACACAGAAAGCAAGCAGAGCACAUGGGAAAUGCCUGAAGUUUACAAAGAUGCGCUUGCACAGGCGCCCGCCCCCCAGGCACCUCCCGCUGCCCCUUCCUUUGUGGCCGGCGGGACGUCUUUCUCGCAACCCCAGCAACGUGACCGUGAAGACUUUGACCGAGGUGAUCGAGGUGACCGCGGUGACCGGGGAUACGGCGACCGUCGCGGUGGAUACGGGUCAUAUGAAACGAACGGCAUGGUUGCUGCUCCGGAAUACAAGUCCCAGACGGAUCCCGACUAUCAUUCUCUUGAGGAGGCGGAGAGCGCCUUCAUGAAGCUGCUCAAACGCCACAACGUGCAGCCCGAUUGGACUUGGGAAGAAACAAUGCGCGCUACGAUCAAGGACCCGCAAUACCGGGCUCUUAAGGACCCGCGAGACCGCAAGGCAGCAUUCGAGAAAUACGUGGUCGAGGUUCGCAUGCAGGAAAAGGACCGGGCGAAAGAACGAUUUGCCAAGCUUCGCGCAGAUUUCAACACUAUGCUGAAGCGACACCCUGAAAUCAAAUACUACAGUCGCUGGAAGACGAUUCGUCCGAUCAUUGAGGGGGAGACCACAUUCAGGUCUACCAACGAGGAAGAUGAGAGACGCCAGCUUUUCGAAGAGUACAUCCUUGAACUCAAGAAGGCUCACGUCGAGCAAGAAUCUCUCACGCACAAGGCCGCUAUGGAUGAGCUGAUGAACAUUCUGGGCUCACUCAACCUGGAGCCAUACACGCGUUGGUCUGAGGCUCAUGCUAUCAUUCAGUCUGACACCAAGUUCCAGGGCGAUGAUAAGUUCAAAAGUCUGAGCAAGUCUGACAUUCUGACUGCCUUCGAAAAUCAUAUCAAGUCCCUGGAGCGGGCUUUCAACGAUGCUCGCCAGCAACACAAGGCAGCAAGAGCCAGAAAAGAGCGUAAGAACCGAGAGCAGUUUGUGGCCCUCCUUAAGGAGCUCCGAUCCCAAGGUAAGAUCAAGGCGGGCGCCAAGUGGAUGAAUAUCUGCCCGAUCAUUAAGGAUGACCCCAGAUACCAUGGCAUCCUGGGCCAGCCUGGUUCGACCCCUCUCGAUUUGUUCUGGGAUAUGGUGGAAGAAGAAGAGCGGGCUUUGCGUGGACCUCGGAACGACGUGCUCGAUGUUCUGGAUGACAAACGAUAUGAAGUUACGACUGAAACGACAUUUGAUGAAUUCAAUUCUAUCAUGUCCGCCGACCGCCGUACCUCCAAGAUCGACCCUGAGAUUCUCAACCUCAUUUUCCAGCGUAUCCAAGAAAAGGCAAUCCGACGCACGGAGGAUGAGAAGCAUGCCGCCGAUCGUCAACAGCGCCGUGCCGUGGACGCACUGCGUUCUCGUAUCAAGCACCUAGAGCCACCUGUCCGGGUCACCGACACCUGGGCUGAAGUUCAACCUCGCCUUGAGAAAUAUGACGAAUACAAGGCCCUCGAGUCCGAUGAGCUUCGGGAGUCUGCAUUUGAAAAAGCAAUUCGCCGCUUGAAAGAACGAGACGAGGAUGCAGAGAGGGAUCGCGAAGCACACUCUCAAAGCCGUGGGGCUCGGCGGGAUUACGACCGUGGUGAUCGUGAAUACCGCAGUGGGCGAGGAGAACGACGAGGACCCAGCGGCCAGGCCCGCACCCCGGAAAUGGAUGCAUACGAAGCAGACCGUCGCAAGGCACAGGCCGACCGCGAACGGACCUACCGCAAGGUCAGCGGUAUUUCCCCAUCUCGUGACCGUCGCGAUGAGCGUGGAGACCGUUACCGUAGCCGGGACCGUGACUUUGACCGUCCCCGCACUAGAGACCCAGACCGACGUGAAGACGAGCGCGAGCGCCUGUACCGCACUCGUGGUGAUCCCCGUGGAGGUCGUGAUGAGCUUGAUUAUGGUGGUGGCACUGGUGGUGGUGGUGGUGGUGGUGUUGACACUCGCAGUGUGGCCAGUGGUGACCGCCGACGUCGACGUGACAGUGAUACCGAGAGCGUGGCUAGCCGUUCUGCCAAGCGGUACCGACGUGAUAGCCGUGAGCGAGAGCGCAGCAAGGGCCCAAGAGUCCCCCGACGGGAACGCUCUGCUAUUCCGGAAGAAGAAACGGAGGACGCAAAGAAGGACGAGAAGGCCAUUCACUCUGGCAGCGAGGAAGGAGAGAUUGAAGAGGAGUAG